AUGAAGCCGCAACCUAGAUCGUCUUACCAGGCUCCUCAUCACUCACAACAGGGCACAGGACCGAAAGUACGCGCAGUUUUCCCCCUUUCGUACAUGCAUUUCCCCCCCUUCCGUACGCGCACUUUCCCCCCUUUCGUACGCGCAUUUUCCCCCUUUCCGUACGCGCAGUUUUCCCCCUUUCGCACACGCAUUUUUCCCCCUUCCGUACGCGCGAGGGUCCCCCUUCCCUACUCGGGGCUUCCCCCUUCCCAUCUCGUAGUUCCAACCCUCCAAUCCCUCUCCUUACCCAUUCUCCCCUCCCUCUGUCCCCCCUCUUCCGACCCGUCUUUCCUACUUCCAUCCAUCCCUUUUCCGCCUCUCCCCUUAUUCUCUUCCACCCAUCGCUCACCACUUCCCCCCCGUGAUCCCCCAUUCCCUUCCCACGCCCUCCACUCACUUCCCUUGCCUCUCUUUUCUCGUUUCUUCUGCUCUCAUCCUUCCCUCCUCUUCUCCUCCCUUCCCAAACUUUUAGACACUCCCCUCCCUCUCCCUCCACUCCUCUCGCCCUUAUCCCCAUACACUGAACCCCCCUUCUUCCCUUCCCUGCACAACCUCCUCCCUUCCUUCCCUUCUCUCACUGACCCCCCUUCUUUCCUUUCUUCUCAUUUCCUCUCUUUCCCGUCUUCUCCUCUCCAACCCUCCCUCUCAGCCCCUCACUCUUCGCCUCUCCUCCCCUGUCUCUCUGCUGGCCCCUUCGCUCCUGCUCGUCGCUCCGUCUCAAAGUAG